UUAAUUUUAGCCAGUCGAAAUCGCGGUGUCAAAGAUACCGUACGAUGAACGUGUGUGUUUACAUUAUUAUACGGAAUGCUAUGUUUUUCAUCAAAGUUUACGCGGUGUUAUUUUUAUGAGUGAACCCGGCCUCUCGGAGUAUAGUCGGGCCUGUGAGUGCGGUUAGUGGUUUCCAAGUUUCACUCGGGUUUUUAAACGGUUGUCUGCGUUCCGUUUUGCAUUUCUUUUUAAUAGUGUGGUGUUUUGUGUUGGAUUGUGCGACUUGAGGUCGGAUUACAACGAUUCAGGUUUUAAUUGACGCAUGGCUCGCGAGCAUCAAGAUGUCCGGGAUGACUGGCGCGAGCAUGCUGCGCACGCGGCGCAAGGAUGUGAAUGUGAAGCCGAACCGCAAAUUGGACCGGAAGUCUUCGCGUGGCAUGCUGUACGAGAACGAAGAACUACGUUUGCGUACGAUCAACAUCAAUGCUGAAGUAGAGCGAGGUCAGUCGGAUAUAAAGAAACUGAAGCGUGAAAACGAGCAGUUGAAGCGCGAGAUAUCAGCGCUGCGCUACGAGUACGACCGGCUGGACAGCAUGCUGCGCGAGCGCAGGUCCUCGCCGGAGCAUUCGGACGACAGCGUGUCGAUGUGCAGCGCGUGCCCGGAGUGCGCCAGUGUGGACGGGUCGGGGCGUGCAGUCGCCUUCCACGAUCUGAGCGUGGUUCCGGAGGAAGCAGAACAAGACGGCAAUAAGAGCGGCGAAGGAUCGACGUGCACAUGCGAAGAGUGUCAACAGGAGGCGGCUUUGGCUGAAGAAAAUCAGACGAUGGCUCACGACGCGAACUAUGAGCCCCGACCAUGCGUGGAAGACAAUGUGCACGAGCGAGUUGUAGAUGUAUUGGUACAUGACGCGCCUUCUGACGUCAGAUUCUUCCAGUCAGUCACCACACCACCUUACCACGUCGCCUCACCACCACCACCAGGCUUUGUCAUAGCUCCGUACCAAACCCCAAGGUUCCACACUGGUGGGAAUGUUGAAGACCUUUUGGGCGAUGUCCAAGCAACGCCUACAAUACAAACUACCAUUAUCCAACAGAACUCUGUGUUCAUGUGCAAUACACGAAGAAUAACGCAGAAACAAUGCUGCUGCCAAAGACGAGAACCAAUCGACCCAGCCACGCCAAAUGGAAACGACCAAUCAGAACCACCGAAAUCAUAUGUAACGGAAAAAAAUAUAGAGCUGACGUAUGAUUAUCCAAGAUCAACGCCUGUGCCCAGCCCAAUACCAAAAUCUGGCGAAGAUCUAACUACUACGACUGAAGUUGCAAGCACCGUCGUCUUCGUCGAAAGGAGGAUACCGGUCAAGCCUAAGAAAUUCGAUUUCUUCUUCCGAUCUCGCUCAGCACCAGUGGGAGAGAACGAAGAACCUAUAUAUGCAACCGUUAACAAACUGCCGAAAAGACUACGACGGAUGGAACUAGCAAAUUUAGAGAAAGAAGUAGCUUAUAGAACAGGUGAGCCAGAUUCAUCAAUACGAACUGACAUGACGUUGAAAACUGAUUCAGAAUCACAAGUGCCUCCACCUGACGACGAUACGAGUAGAUCUGAAAGGGAGAAAUCGACAGCUCCGCAGAGACCGGAGUCACCUAAAGCUAAAAAACGAAAGAGAUUCUCAUUAACUUUCAAAAAACGGGAAAGGAAAAGAAGAGAGAAGAAGAAGGAAGGAAACAAUGGUACAGCGAAAAACGGAGCGCCGAAGAAUGGUGCGCCGUUGCAAGGGGAGAGUGAUAAUGAGAGGCUGAUCGAGGGUGAGGUGCAGGAGGUUCCGAAGCCCAAGCACUGCACUCGGCACAGACCGAGGAACACGAUGUCGUCAUCGAGUUCUGGCCCGCGGUGCAAGCGGGACAGUUACCAGGAGAUGACGACGUCACAUUCAGAGCACGAGCGGACGAACAGCAUGUGCUCAUCAGUGAACUCGCUCGGCUCGGCGUGCACUCACAAGUCUAGAAAGUUCUCCGAGCCGACUAACGAUGCUUCCAUUCCUUGGUGCGGUUGCUGGGGUGCAGGGUGUGUGUGACGGUCAACAGUCAGAGCUGAUUCUUCAAUCAUCAGAUAAAAGUUAUUCGUCAAUUAUAAAUUGAACAUAAAAGUGAGACAGGUGAUAAUUUUUAACUACCAAAAAAAGAGUAAAUUUUAUGUAGUUACAUCAAUUACUCCGCGAUAUUUUCUGCCGAUUUUCUUUAUUCCUAUUUUUAAACCUUUUAUUUGAUGGUCGAAAAAUCGGUCCUAAAAGUGAUAAGACUUUGAACUAUUGUGAUAACGUUACAUUGGUGUUGUAAUAUUAUAUUCACGAUAGACUCUACAAUGUAGAGCAUCCACACAAAUCCUAUAUUCAGUAAUAAUGUCAGCUCUAUAUUACGUACUGUCCCACUGCUGGGCACGGGCCUCCUCUACUACUGAGAAGGAUUAGGCCUUAGUCAACCACGCUGACCUAGUGCAGAUUGGCAGACUUCACACAUCCUCAAAAUUCUUAUAGAGAACAUCCCAGGUGAGCAGGUUUCCUCACGAUGUUUAUUUUCACCGUCAAAGCAAGGGAUAAUUCACAAAGAAUACAAUUUUGAGAAAAGUUAGAGGUAUGUGUCAUUGGGAUUUGAACCUGCGGACAUCCGUCUCGACAAUCAGUUCCACACACAACUUUCGCCGCUUCUCUUUAAUACCUGCAGAAUACUCUAACUUCGUAAAA